AUGCACAAUGUCUUACGAAUCGACGAAGUUGUCCAGCAUAUCUGUCGAUAUGUCGGUCAGCCAGAACCUAUCGCCGAUGCCUAUCGCAAGGUCAAUCGCAAGGAGUCCCGAUACAGGGACCUCGCUGCCAUGGCUCGGACCUGCCGCUCCUUCUCUACUCAGGCGACAGAAAGUCUGUGGUCUAAACUGGAUAGCCUAGUGCCCCUGCUACAUUGCCUUCCUGACGACCUUGUCUUGGAGAAGCGCGUACCUCCUCAAUACGUUCUGGGGCUCUCUGGUAGGCUCGAGAAAGCUAUGGGACCCACAUGUUACUUUGAGCUUCGCCGAUCGUUCAGCCCCAACGAUUGGGACAUUUGGUCACACUAUGCCCGUCGCAUUGUCGAGCUAAGCAUGUCCUACGACUCCGAUAUCCACAUCGACUCCCGCAUAUAUGAUGCCCUUGUACAUUCGCCCCUACAGUACAUACUGCCCAGGCUGCGAACUUUGUACUAUCCCGAGUCGGAGUUCAUGUCCUCGAACACCUCCUUAGCCCUCACCUACUUCACUUGAAGCUCUCGCUGGUACCGAGCGACGGCAAGGCUCUCGAUUUGGUGGCUAGACUAGGCGUGCUCUGCCCUCACAUGAAAACGUUCUGUUGGCAAAUAUACGACGGCGGGUGGGAGACGAGCCACAAAGACCAUCAAACCGCAGCUGUGUCUCGAGCUAUUUGCGCUUGGGAUAGCCUUGAAAUAUUGACAUGCGAUAACCUAAGCAGCGCUGCGCUGCAGCAUCUUAUGUCGCUUAACACUCUCCGACAUCUACACC